CUGAUAGGAAGAAUUCACACAAAUUUGACACUUCUUCGACAAUAUUUACGUCUAAUAUCAUGGAGAAGUUGUAUUCAGUGGAUUAUGAACAGGAAGGCUUAAAGAAGAAGUAUAAAAACCGUUUUCUCAACAUUGAUGACCCCAACAGAAGAAUCAAGAUGAUCAACAAAGAGGAGCUUAAUAAUUUUGUUGAGACUGUUAAAAAGUAUCGUGAAAGAGUUGCGAAAAGAAAAGAAUUAUAUCUAAACAACAGUUGUGAAACUCCAGUGAGAAGUGUAAAUCAGAUAGUAAACCUCAAGAUUAAAGAUGAUGAGAGCACUAAUCUGAACUCCGAAUCCUUGAAUGUCUCUCUCCCUGUGACAUCAUCUUCAAAAGUUGUUCAUAAGACUCCGACUAAGGUGAAAGUGAAGAGGUCUAAACUUACAAAAUUUCCUAAAAAUCCCAAAAAUUCAAAGAAGCUGAAAAAUUGGAAAAAUUUAAAACUGUUUUAAGUCAUAUCAU